AUGACAAGCACCACCGCCGCCGCUACCACCUGGCAAGCGCGCGCCGAGACGAAGCAGGCGGCCCGCGAAGCCCUCCUGCCGGCGGACACGAUCCUCCCCCCGGGCCUGGUGACGGACCAGACGACUGACGUCACGGCCAUCCCGCGCACGUCGGGCCUGCUGAGCGCGCACGAGCUGGAGAUCACCGAGAGCGAGACGCCGGCGAUUCUGGCCAAGCUCGCCAGCGGCGAGUGGACGUCUGAGGCCGUCACGCGCGCUUUCUGCCGGCGUGCGAGCAUCGCGCACCAGCUGACCAACUGCCUCACUGAGAUCUUCUUCGACAAAGGGAUCGCGCGGGCCAAGGCGCUCGACGAGGAGUUCAAGCGCACAGGCAAGGCCCGGGGGCCGUUGCAUGGCCUCCCCGUGUCCCUCAAGGAGCAGAUCGGCGUCGCUGGCGUCGAGCGUAGCUUCGGCUUUGUCGGAUUCAUAGGCCGCGUAGCCGAGGUCGACUCGGCGCUGGUCGAGAUCCUCCUCGCGCAGGGGGCAAUCCCGUACUGCGCGACCAAUAUCGCCCAGGGGCUCUUCUUCGGCGAGGCGGUCAACAACGUGUUCGGCGAGACGGUCAACCCGUACAACCGCAAGCUCACCCCCGGCGGAAGCUCGGGCGGCGAGGGCGCGCUCCUCGCCCUACGUGGCAGCCCGCUCGGCGUCGGCUCCGACAUUGGCGGGAGCGUGCGUAUUCCUGCCGGGCACUGCGGGCUGUAUUCGUUGAGGCCAAGCUACCAGCGGAUCCCGUACGAGGGGACGUGCAAUUCGCAGGAGGGCCAGGACUCGAUCCGUUCCGUCCUCGGGCCAAUGUCCACCUCCCUCGGCGCAGUCAAGACCCUCUUCAAGUCCGUCCUCGACGCGCAGCCGUGGCGCCUGGACCCGCAAGUCCUCCGCCAGGGUUGGAGGGAGGAGGGCUACGCGCUCGCGGACCACGGGCACGACCAGGGGCUCGUCUUCGGCAUGAUGUGGGACGAUGGCUCGGUGCGGCCUGCACCACCGUACGCGCGCGCCAUGACGGAGGUGAAGGCUGCGCUCGAGGCGGCGGGGCACAAAGUCGUCGACUUUGUGCCUUACGAGGCGGCCGAGGGGACGGCGAUCAUGUACGAGUCGUUCGGCGGCGACGGCAUGCGCGACCUCUUCGACACGCUCGCGCUCUCCGGCGAGCCCCGCGUCGGCCCGCAGGCGGACCAGCCGCAGGGCACCGAGCUGACCAUCACCCAGUGGUGGAGCCUGCAUGCGCGCAAGGGGCGAUGGCUCAAGGGCCAGCUCGACGCUUGGAAUGCGACCAGCAAAACGACGGGCACGGGGCGCGCGGUCGACGCUAUUAUUUGCCCUGUUGCUGGUGGGCCGGCGCAGGUGUUGCGGACGCCGCAAUACCACACCUACACCCACUGGUGCAACGUUGCCGACUUCCCCGCCGUCGCGAUCCCCGUCACGCGCGUCGACCCCGCGCUCGACCCCAAAGUCGAACGCAGCGACUACCACGGCGACAUGGACAAGCACUUCUGGGAGCAGUACGACCCCCAGGUAUACGCCAACUCGCCUAUCGGGCUGCAGGUCGUCGCGCAGAAGGGCGAGGACGAGGCCGUGCUUGCGAUGGCGGAAAUCGUCGACAACGCCCUCAAGGCCCACCGCGCCGCCCAUGGCACCACCGACCCCAGCUAG